AUGAACGAAGGCUUUUCUCGUUCAAUUCUGCACCAUGAGUGCGCAUCGAAGAAGGUUCGACGGCAAAGGCAUGACAUUUGCAUUUAUCGAAUCCGACACAACUACUUGUACCUACUGAGCUUUUCGGGAAUAGGCUACAACGAGGAGCAUUUAACAGAGGCAUUUCUAGUCCUGCACGUUCGAACGUCGGCCCUUCUACGACGUCAUGUUGAGACCGCGGGUCUUUGGUCUGAUGGAAACGCUAAAAAUCGCUACCGUUCGAGCGGACUUCCCCCAAACGCUUACCAAAGCUUCUAUCUACAGCGAGUUGUAAGUAAUGAAGAGACGUUUUGA